CCCGAAAAUAAUGUGGUUAAACGUAGAUUUAAGCGAAGUUAACGGCAGAUGUAUCUAGCAGCGGGGAGCCCCUGACGUCACUUAGAACAGUUGCAAUUAUCGCGCAUCCGUCACUUUGCUACAGCUUGGCUAGCCAGCUACAACUGCUCUUUCGCUCUGUUAUAAAUCUUUGCUAUUGCGUGUUAUUAUUACUUGUUACUUUACUCAACAUGCCUCGGCUGACUAGAAAUAGUAUGGAAACGUCAACGAGCAACGAUAUUGCUAGCACUAGCUCCGCUCGUCCGCCGUCGAGUACGAGUUCGCCAGUAACCAGUUCGCACGUGUCAGCGAUGCAAACGAGCAAUGCGGGUUCUUUACCAGUGGUUCAAGCGCUUCAAGGUAGCUUGGAAGGCCUUGUUCAGUCCGCCACUGAUGCUCGUUUGUCUGUCUCGUCAACCGCAGCAGUCGCAAACAACGCUGGGCAGUCCUCGUCUCGUCCAGCAAAUAACCUCGCUGAGAAUGCUCCCCCAAACAAUUUGGAAUCGCAGACCGCAAAUUACGAAACCGUUCAUCCAGCUGAUGGUAUGGUUAGUGGUGUUAAUGCUCAUUUAUCUGACGCCAGAGGUAGGCUCGUUCCUUCUUUUAUUAAUACGUUUGCCACGCCAUCUACUUCAUUGGUUUGGUCGGGUAACAGUUCCAGUUCUCCCUCCCUUGCGCUAGCCACGGGUAGUGUGCCGUAUUAUUGCAACCCUAACGCUAGUAGUGGGAUCUCGUUACCACAAUCGAGUGGUUUCUCGUCAUUUAUUGUUGGCCCAGGUUAUGCCCCAAUACCUGCAAAAACUGUCGGUGCUAUUACUGCAGGGGAGUAUAUAAAUCUGGCUGAUCUUCUCCCGGAGAAUUCCUACGCCGUCGACGAGUCCAACGAGCCCCAUCUGCUUUUAGAUGGUCGCCUAGUUUUAACAGGCAUGAUAAAAAAACCGCGGAAAGAGAUUGUUGAUAUUGUUUCGUGGGUGGAGGUGUUUUCUAUAUAUACCUUGAUAGUUUGUACUUCAACCCCUCACCGUUGGCGCGACUUAACGACCUACAAGUUGUUGAUUUUACGCACGUAUCGCCAGUUCCAGAGUACUGCAUGGUUAACGUACGACAAGGCCUUUAGACAACACGCAGCCGCUCUAAACCUUACGGACUGGUCGGAACUGAACGUCCAGUUGUUCAAUUUUUAUACCGCUGGUUCUGCUGCGAAAUCUUCUCAUUCGAUUCCGCAACCGCGGGUCGAUCGUGUGACCGAAGAGCAAGGCAAUUCAGCUGCGUUUGUAGUCUGUGCAUCGUGGAAUCGAGGACGGUGUGUAGCCCCCACUGCAUUGUGUCGCUUUCGCCAUGCAUGUUCGAACUGUUCGGCGGAUCACCGAGGCAUAAACUGUCCAACUUCUGGUAAAGCCCCUAGUUACCCGAUCCCACCUAAAAGCCGUCGUUUCUAGAAUACUCUAGUACUCAUCAAGCGCUCUGGCGGUGUGUUAUGGGUAUCAUGUACUGUUUUAAUUUCUAUAACUUGGAUUUGUUAACAUGCUUAUUUGGUUGUGAAUCUCAGUUACUAGGUUUUUAUAAUGAUGACGUUUUUUAUAUAUUUAGGGUCUGGUUUUACAAUAAAUGUGUUUGGCACAAGGGUUCCGUUAAGUUUACCACUUACAUUUAAUGGCGCUGGCGGUGUUAUUUGUCACAAAGCUCACAGCUGGAGUCUUCUUACUGCUCAGUACACUAGCGUCCAUUUGCCUUGCCAUGCUAAGUUGCUUUGGCCUUGCUUUGCUGUGCUUCGGAAGUUCGCUUAGGAGCUGGGCAUUAUGAGCUAGGUGCCUGGCUAGUGACGCGUUAACUUACGUACUCCUCGUUUUUACCGUCGUGUAUUAUUUUUUAGCCUACAGGUUGGUGGAAGUGCUAUUCGGGUUGUCUUUUCAUGUCGCGCAGUCGCGAAAUAGAUUAGUCAUUAAUUUUACCCAAUCCCUAACCCUGACAUCCUAUUAAACCGCAUAUAUUUCGCGACUGCGUGGCGUGGAAAUGUAGCCCUAAUUCGUCACCUCCUUACGAGCCGGCCAAUUGCGUGUUCAGCGGCGACCGUACUGCAUAAAUAUCGGGUAUCGCAAUGCUUGACAGUAUUUAACCCUAACCUUAGCCGCUUAGAAUGGGUAUUUUCGGGAUGUCACAUUCUACUGGUUCUUAAGCCUGUCGCGUUGCGUUACACAGGGACCUAUUUAUUUCGUGCUCGUGCUCUAGCUCAAGCAUAUUUAGAAUAUAAUAGUUUUUAGCGCUUUACAAUGAAUAAAUUAUUAGUAUUAUAUGGCUAUUGGCGGAUUGUAACCCAAUCGGUCUUUCGCACAGUGGUAUUCGGCUAGCAUUGCGCUAGUAUACUAGUAGACCCCCUUUGCUCUGGCUAACUCUAUUCUAAUGCCUGUGGUAGUGUAGCCUUUACACCGUUAGCGAUAGCCUAGCCGUACAUAGUUACUCAUCUGAUACAUCCUUAAUACGCGCCUCUAUUGAUUUCUAGGCACUCUCCCUCCCGUUUCUGUGGUUUCUCCUCUUAAUUUGCAUGAAUUUGCCUGCGAACUCCAGUCCCAUCAGGAUCGUUCCAAAGUGGAUUAUGUUCUCAGUGGGAUUGCCCACGGCUUUGAUAUUGGUUUUUUCCCCCAGUUCCCUGUAACCUCUGCACGAAAAAAUAAAGCUUCAGCAACUGCCCAUCCUGAGAUCGUGGACGCGUACCUGCAGAACGAAGUCGCUUUGGGACGGGUAGCCGGUCCUUUCCUUAGCAGCCCGCUACCUAAUUUGCACGUUAGCAGUUUUGGCGUGAUCCCCAAGGCUGGUCAACCAGGAAAGUGGCGUUUGAUUUUGGAUUUGUCGUCGCCACAUGGGCGUAGUGUUAAUGAUGGUAUUGACCCCGAACAAUUCUCUCUGCAGUAUAUAAAAUUCGACGAAGUCGUUGCCAUGGUCACCAAAUUAGGUCGGGUGCACUCAUGGCUAAGUUUGACGUCCAAAGCGCAUAUCGUAACGUCGCUGUACUGCCGUCUCAACGUCAUCUGCUUGGCAUGAAGUGGCGGGGAAAGUUAUACGUAGAUCUUGCUCUUCCGUUCGAUUUACGUUCAGCGCCAUUCAUUUUCAAUUCCAUUGCGGAUGCGAUAGAAUGGAUUUUGCAUAAUAACUACGCCAUCGCCGACCUUAUGCACUACCUCCUCCGUUUGUAACCGUUUGGGCGUCCCUUUACAUCCCGAUAAAACGGACGGUCCCACGACCUGUUUAAUUGUCUUGGGAAUCGAAUUAGAUUCCAUUCUCCAAAUUGCGCGUCUACCCAAGGUUAAGUUAGAAGCUCUCAAGCAGCUCCUGAAAGAAUGGCAACAGACACGAUGGUGCACACGUACGCAGCUAGAGUCACUGCUGGGGAAACUGCACCAUGCAUGCCAUGUGGUUUGGCCUGGUCGUACCUUUUUGCGCCGAAUGAUUAAUCUUCUUUGCGUUUUUCGCCACCCGCUCCACCCCAUCCGUCUUAACGUGGAGUUUCGAUUAGAUUUGCAGUGGUGGGUCCAGUUCAUUGAGGAGUGGAAUGGUACAAACUUUUUCCUAUUACCUGGACUCCUGCCAUUAGCCGAUCUGGUGAUUACAUCGGAUGCCGCGGGUUCCAUUGGAUAUGGCGCCGUAUACCAUCAACAGUGGUUCAGUCAUGUGUGGUCACCAGCACAAAUGCCGCUGUCUAUCGCAUACAGGGAAUUUUUUCCUGUUGUAAUCGCUGCUCACUUGUGGGGUAUCCAAUGGGCCAAUCGACGCGUGUGCUUUCAGUUAGAUAAUACUUCUGUAGUCCAUAUUUUGAACUCGCGCACUUCCCGUGACACUCACAUAAUGGCCUUGCUGCAUUCUCUGCUAGGGGUGGCGGCCCGUUAUAAUUUUACGUUUGCGGCGCGUCAUAUCCCAGGCAUAGCUAAUCCCAUCGCUGAUGCACUCUCUCGUUUCAAUUGGCAGGUGUUUCGUCAGCUAGCCCCCAAUUGCUCAUCGCUACCAACGCCUCUUCCAGCAAUCCUCGCCACGGACCUAGAAACCCAAUGCCAUAGUUUUCUUCGUCACGGUUUAGCGUCGUCAACCCAUAAAACCCACGCUUCUGCCCAAUGGUCAUUUCUGCAAUUUUGUGAAUCCGAAAAUCGCUUGAACUCGAAUGGGUCGCCUCUCCCGUAGGGUGAAUGGACCCUUUGCCUUUUCGCUACGUGGUUGGCGAAUAACUUGAAACCUGCGUCCAUAAAAGUUUACCUGUCAGCCGUCCGAGCACUCCAUAUCGAACAUGGUUAUCCUGAUCCCUUAGUUGGCUGUCUGCGUUUACAGCGUGUGGUAAAGGGCAUCAAACGUUGCAAAGGUGGCUCUCAAGAUAAGCGUUUUCCAAUUACACCGGACAUUCUUAACGCGAUCUAUCGCUGCUUGAACUUCGCGGUCUACGAUGACGUUUUGUUCUGGGCCUCUUGUUGUCUGGCAUAUUUUGGUUUCUUGCGAUCAUCCGAGUUUACUGUACCUCAUGGCACUUCCUAUUCUCCAUCGCUUCACUUAUCCCAUCAUGAUGUUGCCUUUGACCGAAGAGUCGAUCCGUCUUGUCUUCAAGUGAUUAUCAAAGUAUCUAAAACCGAUCCCUUUCGGCAAGGCUGCACUCUGACUAUGGGUCAGGGUCACAAUGUGUCCGGUCGAAUCGCUACUCAGCUACUUGGAGAUCCGUGGAGGUGCCGACGGCCCUCUGUUCGUCCGUUCCAAUGGCGCCCCCUUGACACGUACAGUUUUUACAGAGCGUCGACUGCUGAGCCAGGCUGGUAUAACUGGUCAUUUUGACAGUCAGAGUUUCCGGAUUGGCGCGGCUACUACAGCAGGCCUGGCAGGCGUCCCCGAGCAUAUGAUCCAGACCUUAGGACGAUGGAGCAGUUCAGCUUACCUGGCAUACAUACGAACGCCGCGUAAUUUAUUAGCUAGUGUAACUAGGGUGUUAUGUUAAAAUGAAUAUAAAUAUUAUGCUAGUCUGACUUGUGUUGGUUUGUUCUUAGCCCAACCUUCGCUUAAUCCCCUUCCCCCAUGGUAGGUGCUGGUGAUACGUUGCGGUCAGUCCAUGGAGUCAAGUGUCCAUGGCAAUCUGUCAAGGCACUACCUCUUCAAGUGCAUAAGGGUGGUUAUGUACUUGACGGGACUGACCGUUUCUGGAGGUCUGCCUUGGCAGAAUUGUCAUGGCAAACUCAUAUUGCUACUAUAAUUAGCCUUAUUAUUACGUUUUUUUGCUGUUUUGCCAUAGCUGUUUGCCAUUGCUGUUUGCCAGUUUUGCCAUUUGCCACAAAUGUUUGCCAGUGUUUUGCCUAAUGUUUGCCAUUGCGGUCAUUUGCCCGACAAGGCUAGAUAGCCGACUAGCCUUGGCCACCAACGGCACCACCUCCAAACUCGGAUACUCUGCCGUUAAAUGUGGUGAAACGUAGAUUUAAGCGAAGUUAACGGCAGAUGUAUCUAGCAGCGGGGAGCUCCUGACGUCACUUAGAACAGUUGUAAUUAUCGCGCAUCCGUCACUUUGCUACAGCUUGGCUAGCCAGCUACAACUGCUCUUUCGCUCUGUUCCCCUUCGCCCUUUCCCCACCCUGGUUAAUGUUUGUUGAUACUCGGGUUAAUUUCUUUAUUUUUGUUUUAGUUUUGUUUUUUGUUGUUUUGUUUUGGUUGUUUUGGGGGUUUUUUUAUUUGUUUUUCUUUAUAGGAUACAAUCUAUAGACUACUAUAGAAUGCGUCCUUUUUUCCACUGAUCAUCAGUGUGACAGGUGCCAGAGGUCUGCCUUGGCAGAAUUGUCAUGGCAAACUCCUAUUGCUACUAUAAUUAGCCUUAUUAUUACGUUUUUUGCUGUUUUGCCAUAGCUGUUUGCCAGUUUUGCCAUUUGCCAGUUUGCCAUAAAUGUUUGCCAGUGUUUUGCCUAAUGUUUGCCAUUGCGGUCAUUUGCCAGACAAGGCUAGAUCGCCGACUAGCCUUGGCCACCAACGGUACCUCCAAACUCGGAUACUCUGCCGUUAAAUUCGCUUAAAUUUUAACAUCCUUAGAAUUUUACGAAAUAUUCAUACUCUAGUAAACAUUGUAGAGGUGUGCAAAUCCAAUCCGAAUCCAAUUCGUUUGGAUUUCGGAACCAAAAUAUUCAUUUCGGAUCGGAUUGAUACAGUUGUUUCGUAGUCGGAUCGGACUUCGAUAUCCGAAAUAAAAUGAAUUAAUUAUCCAUGCAUUAUCGCAAGAAUUAAUUAUCCAUGCAUUUAUCAAAGCAUUAUCGCGGUUGUCGCUGCAUUAUUCGUUUGAUACUUCAAUUGGACGUCACUUUGUCAGUUUCUUGACAUGUAUUUCUUGCUUUUAUAUUUAUUUGGUUAAAUAUUUCAACUCAGUGGAAUGAGAAAUUUAUUUUAUUAAAGAAUUCUUCGGAUCGGAUUGGAAUCCUUUAUCAAAACUCGGAUCGGAUUCGGAUUAGACAAUUUCGGAUCGGGUUGGAUCGAAUUUUAAGCAUUAGGCAAUUGUCGGAUUAUAAACGUCCAAUCCGAUCCGAUGCACACCUCUAAAACAUUGUAAUAAAUUUCCGUUAAAAGUCUUGCCAACCUUGUCAUAAUAUUUGCUGUGUUGGUGUAAUGUACUCAGGUGAAUAAGAUGCUUAUGUGAUGUUACUCUGAGUGUAUAUCCACACCGGGCAGGC